GGACAACGCUGGCCCGGGCGGCAGUCCCUAUUUUAAAGACGAGGGAACUUGGGACCCCAAAAUAUGCAAGAAAUAACAGGAAACCCACUCACGGUGACCCUAGCAGUUGAGGGAGCGCAUUGAUUCGAGCCUGGCCUAGAUCCUAGUCUAGGGUCAGCUUCAAGGACCCACGGGCUCAGAAACCCAAGGCGGUGCUUGCCCACGGGCACGUGUGUGUGUGUGUGUGCAGCUCUGGGCAGGAGAGGCUUCCGCUUGGAUGGACGUGUCUCCGCAGGGCCUGCUGGAGUGGGCUGGGCAGGGGAGCUGCUGAAACGCAAGCACAGCCAGGGCCUUGGGCCGGACAGUGUAAUUUGAACCAGUUCCUCCAUGGGGAGCAGAGGGGGUGCUGGAGAGGCUACGGCCACUGGGGAGAUGCCGGGAAACACUUGUGCAGCGUUUGGGUCUAGGUCCCCGAGGUCUGGGGGCGGACCUGACAACCCUGAGAAGGAUCAGAAUGGGUCGCAUUGCCGCUUUCUACUCGGGACGCAGUACCCAGGUGGGCCACCGGGGGCGCCGGCGCACUCGGCCGCUCUGGCCCGCUGGCGCUCUAUGGUCCACGGAGUCCCCGGAGCGGAGCACGGCCUGCGGCUCGGACGCCAGUCUAACCCUGACCCUGCCCGGCCCAGUCCAAAGGCAAUGCCGCCUGUGACCCUUGACCAGACCAGACACGGAACCGUUUUGCCCGUCCCGCUCCAGGCCCAGCCUUGAACUCGGCCCCAGCCCCGGCCAUGCGUGGGAAGCUGCUGCCGCUGGCCGGCCUCUACCUGGUGCAGGGCCUGCCCUAUGGGUUGCAGUCUGGCCUGCUACCCGUGCUGCUGCGAGCGGGCGGCCUCUCCCCCUCGCUGGUGUGCGGGCUGCUGGCAGCUUUGCCUCCGGCUGAGGGUGGCCAGGCGGAGCUUUCGGUUUCCGUGGCGGGGCUGCUGCUGCUUCUGAACGUGGGUGCAGCCGUGCAGGACGUUGCCCUCGACACACUAGCCAUGCAGCUCCUGGAACCGGCGGAGCUGGGGCCUGGCAAUACCGUGCAGGUGGUUGCGUACAAGCUGGGGUCGGUGCUGGCAGGUGGAGGGCUGCUGGCCCUGGUGCCCACCCUCUCCUGGUCCCAGCUGUUUGUGCUCCUGGCUGCCACCUACUGGCUGGCUGCUGCCCUGGCUUGGUCUACACCCGCCCUUCAACAAUUGCCCUCCCCUCAGCCCUCAGAACUCCCCCCACACACCCUGCACCUUCUGCAGGACUUGCUAGCUGUGUCCGGGACCCUGUGGACCGCCGGCUUUGUGCUCACUUACAAGCUGGGUGAGCAGGGUGCCAGCAGCCUGUUCCCACUCCUCUUGCUGGACCGAGGCCUCUCCGCCCCGGAGCUGGGGCUGUGGAACAGUGUGGGUGCCGUGGCCUGCUCCAUUGCUGGCUCGUCCCUGGGUGGGGCCCUGCUGUCCGGACACCGGAAGCUGCUUCCCCUGUUGAGGUCAGUACUUCAGUUCCGUCUUGGAGGCCUUGCCUGCCAGACCACUCUGCUCUUCUACUUGGACACCCCGUGGGCCAGGCUGGACCCUGGCACAGUCCUGAGAGGGGCAGUCUUGCUGAGCCUGUGUCUGCAGCACUUCUUGGGGGGCCUGGUCACAACCGCCACCUUCACUCUGAUGAUGUGCUGCAGCCAGCUGGCACCCGGUGCCUUGCAGGCCACACACUACAGCCUCCUGGCCACACUGGAGCUACUGGGGAAGCUGCUGCUGGGCACACUGGCUGGAGCCCUGGCCGACAGCCUGGGCCUGCACCUCUGUUUCUCGCUCUUCCUUGCUCUCUCAGCCAUACCCAUUCUGUACCUGAGCCUGGCACCCAGAGCCCUGGCCUGAGCUGGGUGGUAAGACUAGUCAGUAAAGCCAAGUGUGACCGAC